AUGAUCGACUGGGAUGUCGAUGAGAACGGCCGAUUCAUAGUCGAACGAGUCGCCUGGGCGGAUCUGGACUGUGCUUUACAGCUCAAGGGCCAUAGGCUGCUCGAUCACAGCAUUGGCAACGUCAUGUGGCGCAGCCCGGAAGGACAAACAGGCAACGGCAUCGGUAAACCAUCUGAGGUCUUCUCUUUUGGUCUGGUUUUCCUCUACACUAUUACCGGCAUGGAAACUCUGCACCCGGACUUCGAGCAGCUCAAGAAGGACAACGUUGAGCCUGAGCAGGUGAUUUUGUAUCAAUUGUUCUCGAUGUUCGGGACUGCCCCGCCUGGGCUUAUUCCUCAUGUCAAUGACGAGUAUUGGAGUGAGUUGUUGAGGAUGUUAUCGGAUGUUGUGGCGGAAGAACAGCCGAGCAUGCGCUUCGCACAGUGGGACGGGGGCAAUUCCCCAAAUCUCAAUGCCGAGACAAAGAGAAUGAUAUUGAAGAUGACGGAGCUCGAUCCAAAGAAGGGGCCGACGAUGUCUUGCAUUCUGGAGGAUCCUUGGUGGGGAGAAAAGUGA